AUGCCACCAGUAAGAAGAGGAAGGACACCCCAGGAAAAAUUGCGCGCUUACAACGAUAAAAAUGCGGAGGAUCCCACCCUAAUCUACAAAGGCGAACGCUGUCCCGACGCGAAAAUCUGCGUCUUAUCGCGUGUCAUAUGGAUCCGAGGGGAGAACAAGUUUGCGGACGCAGUCGUGGUUUCGGGUCCUACUCUCGCCGGCGAAGGUCAACGCGAGAGGAUCGUGGUUGCAGAGAACGCGAAUAGUCGAUACCACUGGCAUGCGUAUUUUGUUCGAUAUUUGAAUGAUGGGGAGACUCGGGCUCAUGUCUCGGAUAGGCCGGUGGCAGAGUCUGAUCUGGUUGAGAGGGCCUAUCCUAAUCCCAAGGUAGAUCGGCCAGGCUCUAUGAAUAAUUAA